AAAUGGAAGAUCUGAAAAAUUUGCCCAAUGACAAAGGGGAAAAUUUGGCCAGAUUUUUUGAGAAGAUGGAGGUCAAAGAGAACCAGGUAAUGAAAGACCGAAGACGAAGUUCACUGAUUCCCCCCUCCAAAGACAAGCUCGCCUCAAUGGGGGACAGCCAAUGGGAGGAGACACCCAGCUCGAGACUGUCCAUCACGGAAAAGUCCGAGUGGGAGAGGCUCUACAUUUCUGCAGUCAAGCGGAGGAAUCUACAUCUCAGCGUCAGGGAGCAGGCCAAACUCAAUGCCAUGACUCAUUUCAGGCCUGGAGAAAUUCACAAUAUCCCACUUAAUGAUGCCAAGGCAUUACCCAGGAUCAAGACAGAGGCAGAAAAAAUGGCUGAAAAAAAUCGCCAGAAAAUUGUCAAUGGUGUAGUUUUACAAAUGCGACCACGGAAAGCAUCUGUACACAGGUUUUCUGACAUACAGACUGAAAGUUUCCGACAGACGCUUCUGAAGAAACAGUCCUUGGAGCAUCAGGUCAUGGAAGAGAGGAUGCAGGUAAAGAACAAAAUUGUGGAUGAAAAUCUGAAUUCUGAGAACAUUAUCAACAUUCAGAACCAAAGACUAAGCAUGGAAAGCAACUGUUCUAUGUCCAGUCAGACAUCUAGUGUCAAGCUAACUAGUGGCUAUAGAAUGCAGGUUCCUGUUACAAAGGCAAUACAAUACCAAAGGAAUAGGACAAAUUAACAGCUGCAAUAAAAG